GCGUGAGCUGUUUGCUGCCCGUUCGACUGGGCGCCAUUUUGUGCCCAGUGUUUUCAAGGUGAUAUUUCAUCCUGCAAAGCGGAUCGAAUAAAAUCGGCGCCGAAUUUUACUCAUUUUUAGUAAUAAGCUCCCGUUUUUGAAGCCACUUUUUUGAGCAGCGCCAAAUCACUCAGACAGGCAGACGUCCACCGACCAGAGUACAGACACAAUGGAUUGGUCGUCCAGCACCUCCAGCCUGAUGGCCAGCAGCAACGUCACUAACAAGACGGACCCGCGCUCCCUCAACUCCCGCGUCUUCAUCGGCAACCUCAACACCCUGUUGGUCACCAAGGCUGACGUGGAGGCCAUUUUCUCCAAGUACGGCAAGAUCGUCGGCUGCUCCGUCCACAAGGGCUAUGCCUUCGUUCAGUACUCCAAUGAGAGGAACGCCCGAGCUGCCGUGGCCGGAGAGGAUGGACGCAUGAUCGUGGGACAAGUGCUCGACAUCAACCUGGCAGGUGAACCGAAACCUCACAGAUCGAAGACGGUGAAGCGUUCAGCGGGAGACAUGUACAGCUCCUCUUUUGAUUUGGACUAUGACUUUCAAAGAGAUUACUACGACAGGAUGUACUCGUAUCAGUCUCGAGUGCCGCCGCCUCCUCCGCUGUCACGUGCCAUCAUCCCGUCCAAGCGUCCGAGGGUCAGUCUGACUGAAGGCGGGAGCCGACGGACGAGGACCAGCUUUUCCUCGUCCUCCAAGAGCAGCCAGAGGACGUCUCGUACGAUGAAGGUGGACGAUCUGCAGACCAUCAAGAGGGAGCUGACCCAGAUCAAACACAAGGUGGACUACCUGCUGGAGAGCCUGGAGCGCAUGGAGAAGGAGCACAGCAAGAAGUCAGAAAUGAAGAGCUCCAAACCCGAGCCAGGUGAGGUGUCUCCCCUCAACUCCUCCACUUCCAGCAAGAAGGAGGACAGCGUGAAGCGGGACAGAGAGCGGGAGAGUCAGGAGCUCAACGACUCCGAGGAGGAGGAGGGAGAUCUGCUGGAGGACGAGGAGGAGGUGAAGAGCAGGGGGAGGGAGGAGGAGGAGGAGGAAGGCGAGCAGGAGGAGGGAGAGGAUGACGGCGAUAGCGCCAACGGUGACGAGUCCUAAACGCUCCGUCUUUAGCGGCUGCGUCAGCACACAGGCAGACGCACGCACACAUACACAACAGGAUUGUGUCCGACUGUAUCGCCGCUUCACACAGCGGUCAUGUGAUCAUAAUCUCGGCUGAUUGGACCUUUCUUUCCUCUGAUUUGUAUGUGUGUAAUUUCACCCCCCAGACGGACAGACUCAUAUCACAUGAAGUGUAACAGACUUUUAUUUUUUACGAAACAACAGAUUUUUAAAAAAUGAGCAGUUUGAAUUCCCAGUCGGUGUUUAAAGAUAAAUGCGAGAUGUGGUCACGCAGCUCAUCUUCAGAGAUCAAUAAGUCAUUGAUCAGCUGUUCCCAGCUGCUGUACAGUUGCCUUUUAACCACCAGAUGGCAGUGCAUCAUAACGUUUCCAGCCACAAGAACCUUCACAGAAAAAUCUUCACUUUCUGCCACACGUGUUCAUGUGUGCGAAUGCUCAAAGGAAGAGGUUCUUUCUGAAAAAAUACCUUUGUUUGUUUGUUAGCUGUAUCAAGAAGAUUCAUGACCUUUACCUGACCUUGACCUGUGUGUCGCAGUGCUGCUUCAUAUUUGUUUCUUUUGAUGUUAUCUGUUAGUGGAUCACUCAGGUGAAUAAACAAUGUCUUUCCAA